CCAAUCAGAGACGGAGAAGGGCGGGACAUGUCCGGAAUACGGGUGGGGAAAAAAACUGACAGUCUAAGUUUGGUGGCUCUCCUGCUAACGGAUGGAGAGUGUUGAGGAAAAAGUGUCAUCCAGAAAGCUGGAAUUUGAAGGAAGCUGCAGCAGUGCCAACCGGCCACCCCGGCACAGAGAACGCCAUGGGAAGUCUCCGAGGAGGAGGAGAGAGGCGAAGAAAUCACACCGGAAAGCCAAUGGUCAGGAACAGACAGGAAGUGAUCUGCGAGCAGAGCAGCAUGAGGCAUCAGAGACACCAGUGGUGGUCGAGGAGACCAACGAGAGCUCUCCGAAAAGGCUGGAACGAUGCAGACGAGCUCAUUUUCUGCAUGGACCGUAUCCAACCACUCAUUUCGGACCCAAAGCCUGCGUCCUCCCCAACCCAACGUCAGUCAUGCACAUCCAGGACCCGGCUAGCCAGCGGCUAACAUGGAACAAACCCCCUCUCAAUGUGUUGGUUAUCCGCAAGGUCAGAGACGAGGGUCUGCUGGAGCCCUUUAAGGAACUGUGCAGGUUUCUGGUGGAGGAGAAGAAGUUGAUGGUAUACGUGGAGAAGAAGGUGGUGGAGGAUGGCUCUCUAGUGGCAGACGAGAUGUUCUCCAGCGUCCGCAAGCAGCUGUGCACCUUCAGAGAGGGGUUUGACGAUAUCUCAGACUGUAUAGACCUGAUCAUCUGUCUAGGUGGAGACGGCACGCUCCUCUACGCCUCGUCUCUUUUCCAGGGCAGUGUCCCCCCAGUCAUGGCUUUCCAUCUGGGCUCGCUGGGCUUCCUCACACCCUUUAAGUUUGAGUCCUACAAGACUGAGGUGGACAAAGUGUUCGAAGGUAAUGCAGCUAUUGUCCUGCGCAGUCGUUUAAAGGUGAAGGUAGUGAAGGGUUUGUUCCAGAGAACGAAGCAGCUCUCUAAACCUGAAGAAAACGGAACCGGCCCUCAGAACCACAUCAGCCCAGAGACGGCUAAAAUCACACUGCAGCUACAGGUGCUGAAUGAGGUGGUGGUAGACAGGGGACCCUCUUCUUAUCUGUCAAAUGUUGACCUGUACCUGGACGGCCGCCUCAUCACCUCUGUGCAGGGUGACGGUGUGAUCGUAUCGACUCCAACAGGCAGCACUGCUUAUGCUGCAGCAGCAGGAGCCUCCAUGAUCCACCCCAACGUCCCAGCCAUUAUGGUUACCCCCAUCUGCCCCCACUCACUCUCCUUCAGACCCAUAGUGGUGCCUGCAGGGGUGGAGCUGAUGAUUACACUCUCUCCAGAUGCCCGUAACACAGCCUGGGUCUCUUUUGAUGGGAGGAAGAGACAAGAGAUCCAGCAUGGAGACAGCAUAAAAAUCACCACCUCCUGCUAUCCGGUGCCAUCUCUCUGCUGCCAUGAUCUGGUGUAUGACUGGUUCGACAGCCUGGCGCAGUGUCUGCACUGGAACGUCCGCAAGAAACAAACACGACUCACCGACGCAUCAGACACCUCCGACACUGAAAACUGACCUCUGUACUCUCUCUCAUACAUACACACACACACACACACACACUUGUGUAUCACUCUACUGUCAGAGCUAAAAAAAAAAAAAAAAAGAA